AUGUCGACGCCAACAAGCACUGGAGUCACAACUCCGACUCCAACCCUUAGUGGCAUGACUCAAGGAUGCAGCAAAUUUCACAAGGUAGUGAAAGAUGAAGGCUGUCAAUCCAUCGCAGAUGACGCUGGUAUUUCUGAGACAGACUUUUUGUCCUGGAAUAACAUCGACGAUGACUGCACGAAUCUCAAAUAUGACUACUACGUCUGUAUUGGAAAACCUGCCUCGACCUCUGAGACAGCCACCAGUACUGGAAUCACCACCCCUAAGCCAACACAAACCGGCAUGGCCGAGGGGUGUGACAGAUUCCACAAGGUCCUCAAAGAUGAAGGCUGUCAAUCUAUCGCCGACGAUAGCAAAAUUUCCCUGGAUGAUUUCCUGAGCUGGAAUCCGGAUGUUGGAGACACCUGCACAAAUCUUAAAUAUGACUUCUACGUCUGUGUUGGCAAACCUACCUCAACGUCUGGAUCCGCCACCAGCACUGGGAUCACCACCCCUAAGCCAACACAAACCGGCAUGGCCGAUGGGUGUGACAGAUUCCACAAGGUCGUCAAAGAUGAAGGCUGUCAAUCUAUCGCCGAUGAUAGCCAAAUUUCCCUGGAAGAUUUCCUGAGCUGGAAUCCGGAUGUUGGAGGCACCUGCACAAAUCUCCUGUAUGACUUCUAUAUUUGUGUGCACAGGAAUCCAUCCCUUGCUACUUCGACAAACGUAGGUCCAACCCUCACAACCACCACCGGGGGUACCACUCCAACUCCGACGCAGACUGGCAUGGUUGCGGGUUGUACUGCCUUCCAUAAAGUGGAGCAAGGUGAGUGGUGUCAGCUGAUUGCGGACGACAGUAAAAUCUCUCUGAAGGAUUUGCUGGCGUGGAACCCGGAUGUUGGCAGUGACUGCACGAAUCUCAAGUAUGACUUCUAUGUCUGCGUGGGCCAGUAG